GCUACACUCAGCUCGAGACUAGCUCGAGCCGGCUUUUUUGGCCCUAACGCUGCGCUUGACAGCAUAACUGGGUUGAGGUGCGCUUAUAUAGCUGCCACAAAUUCUGCGACCAGCUGUGCGGUCGCAACCCACUGAUUUUGGACCUGUGCAUUGAGACCUCCAAGGAGCCAGGCGAAGCCAUCGAGCCAGCGCGCGCGGAACAAUCACAGUUAAUAGAGCCAUGGCGCCCACCCAAAAGGACCGCAAGACGCCGCAGACCGCCGACGAGUGGAAGGCGGCCAUCGAGAACGCCAAGUGGGAGAAGGGCGACCUGGCGCGGGGCUUCAUGGAGAAUUUGUUGGGCGAGCGGCGCGACACGAGCAAGGACGCGCCCAUUCCCUUGCCGGACUUCCUGAAGAAGCCCCAACCAGACCAGCCGCCGGAGCCUCCACGACGGGACCCGGUCACGGGCAAGACUAUUGGAGAGAUCGCCGUCGAGAAGGCCGCUGCUUUAUAUGACGCGGGCCACAAGCCCCUGUUGAUGGUCGGGAGGAAGGACCCCUGGCUGCAGCCCCAACCGACACCUGCCUUGAAUGACGUUUCUGCCUCCGACGGGUCCUACGAGUUCUCGCACUGUAGGGAUUGUGUGGUGGGGCCGUGGGCCGGGAGCUGGGCGGCCGUCUGUCGAGGUGGUUUGUACGAGGCGAUCCCGAAGGCCUGCACGCAUCGGGUGGUCGUGGACCCUCGCUGUUCUCGACUUAUUCUCAUCCUCGUCGACGGGACGCGGUCCGAGGGCGCGCCGAGGCGGGCCGAGGCGUGCGUCCAAAAGCUUGAAGGGAGACUGGCGAAGCUCCCGUCACAGAGAGCCGAGGUCGAAGACGUGAAGGCGGCCUUCAGGGGCCUCAACAAGGACAAGUGCCGCCCGGCCUGCGUCAUUAUUGAGGCGUCGGGCCGCGUUUUGGUAGCACACACGGGCAAGACGCGCGCCGCUGUAAGUGUAGACGGGUCCUUUACGUUCGUCACGCCGCCGCGCGAGGAGGGCGAGCUGUCGUCGGGCGGCAACCAUCAUAUAGAUGUGGACGUGCUCGGAGGGCCCAUGGGCGAGCGCAUGCGCAUCGCGCUGUUUUCGAGGGUGCUCGCGGAGCACGUGCCUGUAGGUGACGUGUUGCCGGCGGAGACCGAGGAGGUCGCGGCGGCUGAUGUGUUGGAGGGCCGCGCGCACGACUGUUGCCGCGUCUGCGAGCACAGGUCCUGGGAAAACGAUAGAGAGGACUGCGGCAUGCUCGACUGCAUGUCGUUGCUGCUCGUUGAUAUUCGAAGGAGGCGGAAGUGUGACGUCGCGCCAGCGGUGGACAGCGACUCGGAUACGACGGAAUCUUAAUUGUUGUAAUUUUUUA